AUGGGGUCACAACCUUCCAAACCAGCUGAAACGAAGGUGUUCACACCCAAGACUCAAGUAGAUUUCACAACUACUCUAUUGGCGCAGUUGGAAAACUCUACUGAGGGUGAUUAUGCGAGACAACAGCUAGCAAAUAAAUACCUUGAGCAAAGAGUUGCUGAAAAGCUCUCCCAAUUGGAGGAAAACACGCUCAAGAAGUUUGAAGAUAAACUCAAUACAUCGCUACUAUCUGAUUCCGCAGAGUCAGACAAAGAGUUGUCUUCUAAAGCGCUCAAUGAAAAAGUGAGCACGCUGAGUGACCGCCUAGCCAAAUUGCAAGAAGCCCGCUCAUCCAAGGUGAACGAAGAAAAGACAAAAGAAAUUAAAACCGCGUUGACGAAGUGUCUGGUGGAAAAUAAGGGCAAGCCUCUGAACUGUUACGAAGAAGUUCAAAAUUUCAAAAAGUUGGUCCUAGAGCAAUAG